GUUCGUCAGACGUUGGUUAGUAGUUGUCUACGACUCUACGUAAUUUCGUCAACCUCAACUUACGUUUAAACAAAUCCAGUAUUCGAAUUGUUGCUCGCUUGGUCGUUGAUCGUUGACCGUUAACGUACUGAAUAUUAAUAAUUAGUUAUGAUGGAAGAAGAAGAUACCAAAAAAAUAUCUUUUUCGUUUAAACAAAUAUCUAAACCUAAGGUAAUUCCUGUAUUUCCAAAAACAGAGAAAGCAAUUCAGUUUAUUGAAUGCGUCGAAGAGAAAUCGAUUAAAGUGGCUGGAGCAGUAGAAAAGGUUGAUCAUGAAUUAGUUAUUCAUAUGCCAAAAUCAGUUAAACAGAGGCUACCAGCAAAAGAAUUUGUAAGCUCAAUAUCAAACAAACCACAAGAAAACGGAGCGUCAACAUUGGAAGAAAUGGCUGUACAGGCAAUAUUAAAGGGUUGUAAAAAAAAAAAAGGAGAUGAAGAAGAAGAAGAAGAAGAUACAAGAAUAGUUGAAGUACCAUUGAUAAUCGAUCCUCAGGAAGGGAUGGAGAUGUCUACGGCCGAAGACUAUGAAACUAUACCGAUUGAUAAAUUUGGAUUAGCUAUGCUUCGAGGUAUGGGUUGGAAACCUACUAAAGGUGUUGGUAAUAAUUCUCAAAUAACUUCUACUAGUCUGCCAGAGAUCAGGUCUAAAGGAAUGGGUUUGGGCGCUGAUAAAUUAGUUAAAUCUGUACCAAAAACACUAAGUUCUGAAGGAGAACUAAAACUCAAAAGAGGAUCUUUUGUACAAUUUACUAUUGGAAAACUGAAUGGCCAGUAUGGACAAGUUUGUGGUUUUGAUGAAUUAUCCUCAAGAGUGAUUGUGAAAGUUUCACGCACUGGAGAAUUAGAGAAUGUUAGCGAAAAUUUAUUCAAUCUGGUYACAAAAAGUGAAUUUGAUAAAAAUUGUAAUGUAAUUAAUAUAAAACAGUAUAAAGAAUAUCAUGAAGGUAAAACUAAAUCGAAUGACAGUGAUGAUCAAUCUAAUCAUCGUGAAAAAAUAGUUAAAGAAGACAUUUACGAUGAUCGUCAAUCUAGACACCAUAAAACAAAAAAAAGCAAACAUUCCAGAUCACCACAUAGAAAACAUAAAUCUAAUCACAAUAAACAUAAAAAAUAUAAACACAAAAAGUCUUCAUCGUAAUAUAUGUAUA